UAUAUAGUCCUGAGAAUCAUUAUUAAUUACUAAUACCAAUCACCGGUGAAAUCUUUUAAAACUGCAACAAAAGUGCCAUGGAUCAAUUUAUGUUUGUAAUGAUAUAUGUUCAAAUUAUUAUCUAUGUAGUAUUUUAACAAGACCCUAGAUAUAUAUCCCUACGCCAAUCAAGCAAGUGCCCUUGCACUGUAAAUUUUAUUUUAUGAAAAGAGUCUGGAAAGAAUGCAACUGAAAUGCUUAAAGUUAACUGUUUUGUUUUGUUAGGAAGGCAAUAUUUGUUGUACAACAAGCAUGUACAUACCAAAGUAAUUACCGUACCUUUGGUUUCAACAUGGAAUAAUUUGAAAAAUUCUGAAAACUUACCAAAGGUUCCAAAAAUAAGUAAAGAACAGGUAAAUCAGUUAGAGAGAUUGGGUUUGGUUGAGUUGAAUAAUGAAGAAGCUAUUGAUAGAUUAACUGAAGCUAUAAAAACAGCAAACCAACUCCAUGUUGUUGUAACAGAAGGUGUCAAACCUUUAGAUACUGUUUUAGAAAACAGUGCUGUGUAUUUGAGGGAAGAUGAAGUGAUAGAAGGUAACUGUAAGAAAGAAGUGUUGAUGAAUGCAGUAAAAACAGAAGAAGAUUAUUUUGUAGCCCCACCAGGAAAUAUUCCCUUGAAAUCUAAGAAUAAAGGAUGAACUGACUAGUUAAAAAAUUCAAUAAUAAUAAAGAAUAGUAUAUGAGUGACAAGAUAACUCAAGAGGGUUACAAUCACAUGGAAAGAGUUUUGGGAAGGAUUGCUAGUGUUAUGGACUAUUUAAUAAGAAUAUACUUUUCAAAUAUGUGACCAGCUCUGGUUAAAGGAUCCUCAUAGGUCAAAAAAUGAAAACUGAGUUAUUGAUAUAUUCAGAUUUAAUAUUUAAUUCUAAAGGUUUGUUGUGAAAGCCCUGGCAGUUCGCUUGAUAUGGUACUGCAAAAACACUUAAAUGGGCAGGUUUUUUCCUUUGUGUUAGCAUAUUGGUUGAUGCAUGCUACUUUUUACCUACUUAUGUACUGAAAUACAUGUACGAUGCUGUGCGCCAUGCAGAUAUUUUAGCUCGAGCGAGUCACAUAUGAUAUGACCAUGAGUGUGAUAAGUUGCAUGCGAGAAAUGUAAAGAAUUUGGAUUUGAAUAAUCUUCCUGCACAGAGCAGAUCAAUUGAACUAUUUGUUGGUUACAUGAUGUAUCUAGUGUAACUUUUUCUUGUGCCCACUUCUGUUUCAGGAACCAUACUUACAGUGUAAUCAAUUUUGUAACCUACAAAUAAAUGUAUUUUUUAAAAUUUA